AUGGGAAGAGAGAAGAAAAAAAAUAUAGAAAAAAUAUAUACGAAAUUUGUUGUAGAGAAUCCUUCUAUAAAGCAUCAAUAUGCUUCUCCCAAAGACAGACUCGCCAUUUCCGUCCUCUGCCUCCACUGCGAACCGCCGCUCGCAAUCAUCUCCAGCACCGUGUACCUGCAAGUGCCAGAAAGAAAGAGAUCAAAAAAGGCAGGAUCAAAACUCAGCCAUAAACGCACGCUAGAGAACCAGGAAAGUUUCAAGAGGACUUCCUCUCAGAAGGGUAUCAACAUCAACAAGGAAAUGGAGAGGUUUCUUGAGGUUGAGAAGAAAAAUAAAAAGGAAGAUGGUUCCUCUGCUCAUGCAUGUGUUGGAGGAUCACAUGGUGGACCAUCAACUAGAGCAAUUGUAUCUAGGAAGACUUCGAUUAUGAGGAUGAAGACUGUGAAGAAGAAAUUUGUAGAAGAAAGUGACUAA